AUGUCGGCAAAGUUGACGAGUUCUCAAGACGACUCCGAUGGAACCUCGCCCUACGACCGAACGCGCUUGUUGGAGGAGUCGCCUACGCAGCCUCAUCCGAACAAGUCUGUGAUUAAGAAUUACAAGGGUUUUGUCGCAGGUGUUUUCUCCGGCAUAGCCAAAUUGUCUGUUGGUCACCCCUUCGACACGAUCAAAGUGCGUCUACAGACCUCGGAAAUAUCACAGUUCAAAGGGCCAUUGGACUGUUUGCUGCAAACAGUCAGGAAUGAGGGACUGCAAGGACUAUACAAGGGCGCAACGCCACCUCUGUUGGGAUGGAUGGUGAUGGAUUCUGUCAUGCUUGGUAGUCUGACCUGGUAUCGACGCUUGCUAUUCGAAAAUGUCUUCUCCAAUCCGGCUUUCCGGGCAGGGAAGUCGGCGGCAGAGUUGGCGAACGAAAAACUGCCGGCUUAUGGUCACGGCAUCGCUGGUAUGAUGGCAGGGUCGACAGUGUCCUUCAUUGCGGCACCAGUUGAACAUGUCAAAGCACGGUUACAAAUCCAAUAUGCGGCGAAGAAGAGCGAUCGCUUAUACAGCGGACCCAUUGAUUGCACGAGGAAAAUUCUGAAGGCCCAUGGGUUUCAUGGAUUGUACCAUGGUCUGUUUGCAACGCUUCUGUUUCGAUCGUUCUUUUUCUUCUGGUGGGGAUCGUACGAUGUCUUCACGACCCUCUUCAAGAACCAUACUUCUCUAUCGACACCAGCAAUCAAUUUCUGGGCUGGCGGCCUCUCAGCCCAGAUCUUUUGGUUGACGUCUUAUCCAUCCGACGUUGUCAAGCAGAGAAUCAUGACAGACCCUCUUGGAGGCGAGCUGAACGACGGAACACCUCGUUUCAGACACUGGAAGGAUGCUGCCGCUACGGUGUAUAGAGAGUCGGGCUGGAGAGGGUACUGGCGUGGUUUUCUACCUUGCUUUCUGCGCGCAUUUCCUGCAAAUGCUAUGGCACUAGUGGCCUUCGAAGGCGUUAUGCGCGCAUUGCCUGAUUAG